CCGCUGUCAGUUGGAAGGUCAAGUGGAAACAUCGCCAAACACUGGUGAGGGCGGCCCCAAUUGACUCGCCAUCUCCCCGACUCGCACCUCCCUUUGCGCGCAGGCCCAUCGACGACAGGAUGCUUCUACGGCCACGCCUCGUCUGCGCAGGAGCGGCGCGGGCAGCCGCAGCAGCAGCCCGUCAAGCUCCCUUUGCCACAUCUGCUCCGCUGCGCCUCCAGAGCCUCGGCUGGCGCCCCGUCGUCGCCCGCCUUUACUCGACAGCCGAUGACGCGAAGCCGGGCCCACUCAUCCUCGUCACGGACAUUCCCGCCCCGAACAGCGGCCAUAUCCGAGUCCUGGAGCUGAACCGGCCCGCGGCCCGCAACGCCAUCUCGCGCGCCCUGCUCGCCUCCCUGCGCGAGGAGAUCGACGGCGUCGGCUCGCAGUACGACCCGGCCACCGGCGACGAGAUCCCGGCCCCGUCGUGGAGCGACCGGUUCGACAGUGCCCUCGGCGACGGCGAGAAGGGCCCGACGCGUGCGCUCGUGCUGGCCAGCGCUGUCGAUACCUCCUUCUGCGCUGGGGCGGACCUCAAGGAGAGGAGGGGUUUUACACAGGAGGAGACAAAUGAAUUUCUCACCUCGCUGCGCUCCACCCUGGCGGCCAUCGAGGCGCUCCCUGUCCCCACCAUCUCGGCCAUAUCCUCGCGCGCGCUGGGAGGUGGCCUCGAGCUCGCCCUGGCGACUCACUUCCGCGUCAUGACAUCCAACGCCGCGGUCGGCCUGCCCGAGACGCGGCUGGGCAUCAUCCCCGGGGCGGGCGGCACGCACCGCCUCCCGGCCGUGGUGGGGCGCGCGCGGGCGCGCGACCUCAUCGUCACGGGCCGCGUGGUCGGCGGGCCCGAGGCCUACUUCAUCGGCCUGGCCGACCGGCUGGUCGAGGUGAUGCUCCCGGAGGACGAGGCCGCCGAGACGCCCGACGAGAACGACAGGCAGGCGUCGCUGCUGGCGGGGGCGCGGCGGGCGGCGCUGAGCGAGGCCGUCAGACUGGCCGGGGAGAUCUGCGACGGAGGGCCCAUCGCGGUGCGGGCCGCGCUGCAGGCCGUCGAGGCGCCGUCGGCGGAGCGCGAAGGGCAGAUGUACGAGCGGGUGGUUCGCACCGAGGACAGGAACGAAGCGCUGCGGGCGUUUGCGGAGAAGAGGAAACCCGUAUUCACGGGACGGUAAUGCUUUCUGAUCCUGAGCCGCAGUGGCCAAGUUCUUGGAUACCUAGAUAUAUGUUUAUGUAUUCCCUUUGCGCGGGGACGACAGAAAUUGGAAACCGUCCCAUAGCUUACAGCCCCCCUGAGCCUGGCUCCCUGAUUGUUUCGGCGGCA